AGCGGACGUCCGGUCAGCGGGAGCGUUCCCCCAAUGCCCCGCCUCGCCCGCCGGAGGCGCUCAGUAAACGCGGCCGAGAUUGGGCGAGCGGCUGCGGCCCCGGCUGGGUCAGAGGCCCCGGCAGGUCCUUCCGGUCACUGACCGCCCCAGUCGGCUGAGCUUGCCUUAUUCUCCAGUGAGUCCCAGAUCCUGGUUGGGGGUCUCACUGGCCUCAUUCUUUACUGGGCAAGAUGUUCCUCGUGGGCCUGACGGGGGGCAUUGCCUCGGGCAAGAGUUCAGUGAUCCAGGUGUUCCAGCAGCUGGGCUGUGCAGUGAUUGACGUUGACGUCAUUGCGCGGCACGUGGUCCAGCCGGGGUACCCUGCCCACCAGCGCAUCGUGGAGGCUUUCGGCACAGUGGUCUUGCUGGAGAAUGGCGACAUCAAUCGCAAGGUCCUGGGGGACCUGAUCUUUAACCAGCCCGACCUACGGCGGCUGCUCAACAGCAUCACCCACCCCGAGAUCCGCAAAGAAAUGGUGAAGGAGACCUUCAAGUACUUUCUCCGGGGAUACCGCUAUGUGAUUCUGGAUAUCCCCUUGCUGUUUGAGACCAAGAAGCUGCUCAAGUACAUGAAGCACACAGUGGUGGUGUACUGUGACCGGGACACACAGCUGGCACGACUGAUGCAGCGGAACAAGCUGAGCCACCAGGAUGCAGAGGCCCGCAUCGCAUCCCAGCUACCCCUGAUAGAUAAGGCCCGCCUGGCCCACCAUGUUUUGGAUAACUCAGGCGAGUGGAGCAUCACCGAACGCCAGGUCAUCCUUCUGCACGCCAAGCUGGAGCGCUCCCUGGAGUACCUGCCACUGAGGCUCGGCGUCCUCACAGGGCUGGCCGGGAUUGCCAGCCUCCUCUACCUGCUUAUCCGCUGCCUCCUGCCUUCCCCCUAGCUGCAUACCACAAGGAAGUCCCAGGCCUCAUGUCCCUCAGAGGCUGGAUCCAGGUCCAGACAACCUGCCCCCAGCCCCCUCAACAUGCACAUGGACACCUGGGAUCUGGGCUGGGCCCCACCACUGGGCUGACUUUUUGUGCAUCCUGCCUGAAGCACAGAAACAGCUACUGUCAGUCAGUGUUCUCCCCACCUUCCCCAGGGCCCUGUCCUCACACCACUUACAGAACAGUAGCCAUGAUGGUGCCUGAAAGCAGCCUUCAGAGGCUGUUCUGCAUUUCUUGCAGGUGGGGGUAGGGGACAUGUAUAUUUGACUCUCACCAGGGUGUAGAGCUGGGAGACCCAGGGUUCCCUGGGCUUGAACCCUCUUGAACAGGUGUCCCAUCAUGGCCAAAACCUUUUUAGAGGACCUUGGGAAAUCAUUUUGGACCAAGAACUGCCACCUUCAAAAGGGCUCUGCUCUACGUUGAAGCCCUUGGCCAGGAUGCAGUGAGGAUUGUUGUCGGUGAUGCCUUCACCAUAGGGUGGGCCUCUUCUGGAACGACCCUGCAUCGGAUCCUUCUAGCACUCACACCCCUGCACACCACCUCCCAGCCUUUCAGCCCUUCCCUUCUCCCCAUUCCAUGCCCUCCUAACCCUGAAUUCUUGGGACUCCACAGGCACCAGCUGUUCCUCACCUCUGUGCCUUCGCCCCUGUUGCCUCCCUGCCCCCAUCAGGGGUACCUUUCCUUUUCCCCCACAACUCUCAGCUCAAGCACCUCCAGGCUGGGUUAGGUGCUCUCAGAUACCACUCUCCACCCCCACCCCCUCCCAAGUCCUACCUUAAUCCAUGAUUUAGUAAUCAGCCCUGGUUGGUUAGUUUCUUUCUGCAAACUGGCUGGUUUCCCUCUGAGGGCAGGGACUGCCUUGUUCAUCUCUUGUGUUCCUAGCAUGGAUCCUGGCUGGUUGUUGGUACUUAAUACAAUGUGUUGAUCUGAAA